AUGGAAUCGUAUCCUCAACUUUCGCAUUCAAUACAAUACAACGCCAGCCUGCACCUCGAUAAGAAUAUAAUUACCAGCAUUCGACACUCAUUGGGACAUGAUUCCCUUAGAGAACUUUAUUUGCUCGAGAAUAAAAUAAGGGAAUUUCCAUUUCAUUUUGUUCCCAAAAACCUUACACAUUUGGAUCUCCGAAUAAAUCUAUUGGAGGUUCUCGAUGAUCAAGUCAUUGAGUUUUUCAGAGACCGUGAAGGAAGCGUCAAGCGAAACAUCGAACUAUCAGGAAAUCCCUGGAAUUGCGAAUGCAGGUCCAAGUCAUUCCUAAAAUUUCUACGUCUAAAGGAACCGCAAGAAUAUAACGCCGUCCUGAAACGAUGUAAUAUCGUCUUGUCAGGAACGUGUCCGCAGGCGUGCAUUUGUUGUCUAGAUAAUUCCACAUUGCCUUCGUUGAUUAUCGACUGCAGAUUUAAAGGACUCAAGGCAAUACCUCCAUUGCCCACACCGCGGCUUGGACAAUCUUAUCUUUAUUUUGAAGGGAAUUAUCUAGAAGCAUUGCCCCCCCAUUCCCUGCCUGGAUAUGCAAAUGUAGGACAUCUUUACCUGGCCAACAAUCGACUGACUACAAUCGAGGAGUUGCCAGAGAAUAUAACAACUCUGGACAUAAGAAGCAAUAGCAUUUCUGUGCUGAAUCGUCAGAUGCAAGACUACUUCCACCACAGAAUAGCAGCCUCCACACGGUUGAAGUUAUUUCUGCAUGGGAAUCCCUGGGCCUGCACUUGCGAGAACUUAGAUUUCCUGCACUUUGUAAAGACCCAAUCGCCGUAUAUUGAGAAUGUUACAGACCUCAACUGCGAAGACAUGACAAAACUACUGAUCGCUACGGAUGGGAUUGACUUAUGCCCUUCAGGCUUGGUGCACUAUGUAACUGUCGCAAUGUCUUUAAUGCUGGUGGUCUCAACUAUAAACUUGGCAAUUUACUUUAAACAGCCCCUCCUUAUAUGGUUGUACGAGCACAAUGUUUUGAUGAGCCUAGCCUCCCAAAGGGAGCUCGACAGCUUGAAGAAGUUCGAUGCAUUUCUAUCAUUCACCCACAAGGACGAGGCGCUCAUUGAGGAGUUCGUAGAUAGAUUGGAGAGUGGUAGCCACUGCUUCAGACUAUGUUUCUACCUACGCGACUGGCUUGCGGGCGAGUCUAUUCCCCUUUGCAUCAGCCAAUCUGUUAAUGACUCGAAGCGCACCAUCAUCCUGAUGACAAACAACUUCUUGAAGUCGACUUGGGGUCGACUGGAGUUCCGCAUCGCUCUACAUGCCAUCAUCCAGGAUCGAUGCAAGCGAUUGAUUGUGGUCCUCUAUCCCGAAGUGAAGAGUUUUGAUGAUCUCGACAGCGAACUUAAAACCUACAUGGUGAUGAAUACAUACCUCAGGAGAGAUGACCCCAAUUUUUGGAACAAGCUAAUGUAUGCAAUGCCCCAUUGUAAAGUGCGACGGGAGCCUGACCCAGAAGCUAUUGAGCUUUCUGUGUUAAACGGCAAUGCUUAA